AGAGAGAGAGAGAGAGAAUCGAAAUUCCAUUUUUUUCCUUCUUGAAAAAGAGACGAAAUCAAUCAAUCGAUCAAAGUGCUUUUAAUCGCCAAACCGAUGAAACGAAGCUGUGGAAUGGAAUGUGUUAUAGUGAUGACGCGAUCUUCGACUCGGUGAUUUAAGAUUCAGAAGCUCAGAUUUUUUUCUGUUUUUUUUUCUCGAAGCUCUGUUUUUUUUUUUUAAUUGGAUUAUCUUCGUAAUAAGAAAUAAGAAAAAAAUGAACGGUGGUGCUGCUUCCUCCGCGGCAACUAGUGGUCCUCCUCCGUCUCUAGAGUGGAGAUUCUCUCAGGUCUUCGGCGAGCGAACAGCAGGAGAAGAAGUCCAUGAAGUUGACAUCAUUUCAGCCAUUGAAUUUGAUAAGAGUGGUGACCAUCUUGCAACUGGUGACCGUGGGGGUCGAGUAGUUCUUUUUGAGAGAACGGAUACUAAAGAUCAUGGUGGAUCCAGGAGGGAUGCUGAGGAGAUGGAUUACACAGUUAGGCAUCCUGAGUUUCGAUAUAAAACAGAGUUUCAGAGUCAUGAACCUGAGUUUGACUAUCUCAAGAGUUUGGAAAUAGAGGAGAAAAUCAACAAAAUCAGAUGGUGUCAGCCAGCAAAUGGUGCAUUGUUUCUGCUUUCCACAAAUGAUAAAACCAUCAAAUACUGGAAGGUACAAGAGAAGAAGAUCAAGAAAAUUUCUGAAAUGAAUAUUGAUCAAUCAAAUGAUCGAGGUUCAAGUAGCCCUGCUCCAAUAAUUGCUAAUGGAUAUACGGAUAAACCAGAAGGCUACCUAAGCAAGGACUAUCCUUUCCCGCCAGGAGGCAUUCCAUCUCUGCGUUUACCUGUGGUAGUGACUAGCCUGGAGACAAGCCUUGUGGCUAGAUGCCGAAGAGUGUAUGCGCAUGCUCAUGACUACCAUAUUAAUUCAAUCUCAAAUAGCAGCGAUGGAGAAACCUUCAUUUCGGCUGAUGAUUUGCGAGUAAAUCUCUGGAAUUUGGAAGUCAGCAACCAGAGUUUCAAUAUUGUUGAUGUUAAGCCCACAAACAUGGAGGACUUAACUGCUCUGUGUGAUUCUCAUACUAAAUUGUUUGAAGAACCGGAAGCACCUGGUUCAAGAUCAUUUUUCACAGAGAUAAUUGCCUCAAUUUCAGAUAUUAAAUUCUCAAAGAAUGGGAGAUACAUACUUAGUCGGGAUUACAUGACCCUUAAGUUGUGGGACAUAAACAUGGAUUCUGGUCCAGUUGCAUCUUACCAGGUUCAUGAACAUCUGCGACCCAGGCUGUGUGAUCUAUAUGAAAAUGACUCCAUCUUUGAUAAAUUCGAGUGUUGUCUGAGUGGUGAUGGAUCGAGGGUAGCAACAGGCUCUUACAGCAAUCUAUUCCGCGUAUUUGGAGCGUCUCAAGGAAGUACUGAAGCUGCAACGUUGGAAGCUAGCAAAAACCCGAUGAGGAGGCAAAUCCAGACACCUGCAAGAUCUUCCAGAUCUAUGACAAGCGUGGUUAGACGAGGAUCAGAGAGUCCUGGAUCAGAUGCGAACGGGAACGCACACGAUUUCACAACUAAGUUGCUGCAUAUGGCUUGGCACCCAACAGAGAACUCCAUUGCUUGUGCAGCAGCCAACAGCUUGUAUAUGUAUUAUGCAUGA